GUAGCCCAUCCCUCUUUCCUCUCCCUGUCCUCUCUCUGUCUUGGGGCUGUGGUCAACCCUCCUCGUGCAGAAAGACAUUCGGAAUAUAAUUGUCCAUUGCUGCACAUCGAAAAUCUUAUCUCCUAAAUACUUGCAGCUGGCAUACAGCCACCCCACUGACCAAUCAUGGGUACUAUACACGAUCUGGACACCGCCCAUGAUGACUACAAGGAUGGCACCGCCGUCGAGAUGGACGACAUUCACAAGGACCCCAAGGCCAUGGAGGAGCUCACCGAGGCUGCCAUGGACGCCGAAUUACAGGAGCUGGAGGUACAACUGCAGGAAAUGAAGAAAUCGCGCUUCGAGAUUGCCUUCUCCAGCCCUCGUAUCUACACUUUCAUGCUAGUCGCCUUCGCCUCGAUGGGAGGUCUUCUGUCCGGUCUGGACCAGUCCCUGAUCAGUGGUGCCAACCUUUAUCUGCCCGAUGCACUCAACCUGACCUCCAACCAAAGUAGUUUGGUCGACUCUGGUAUGCCCUUGGGUGCGGUGGCCGGUGCUAUCCUUCUGUCCCCGUCCAACGAGUACUUGGGUCGUCGUAUGUCCAUCAUUGUCUCUUGCAUUCUCUACACGGUUGGUGCCGCCCUGGAGGCUGGUGCCGUGAACUUUGGCAUGAUCUUCGCCGGCCGAUUCAUCCUCGGAGCCGGUGUCGGUCUGGAGGGCGGUACAGUUCCCGUCUAUGUCGCUGAGAGUGUCCCCAGUCGCAUUCGUGGUAACCUCGUCUCCCUAUACCAGCUGAACAUCGCCUUGGGUGAGGUGCUGGGCUAUGCUGUCGCUGCCAUGUUUCUCGACGUCGACGGCAACUGGCGCUACAUCCUCGGUUCCUCCUUGGUCUUCUCCACCAUUCUCUUGGUGGGUAUGUUCUUCCUGCCCGAAAGUCCCCGUUACUUGAUGCACAAGGGUCGGCCUGUGGAAGCUUACGGUGUGUGGAAACGCAUCCGCGGCUUCAACGACUUCGAGGCUAAGGAUGAGUUCUUGGGUAUGCGCCAGGCCGUCUUCGCCGAGAACCGGGAGCAAGAAAACACCAAGAAGUACGCCUGGUUGGACUUCUUCACCAAGCCCCGUGCUCGUCGCGCGCUUGUCUACGCCAAUAUUAUGAUUGUUCUUGGCCAGCUAACGGGUGUGAACGCCGUGAUGUACUACAUGAGCACACUCAUGACAAACAUUGGUUUCGAUUCGCGUGACAGCGUCUUUAUGUCCCUUGUUGGUGGCGGUUCGCUUCUUUUGGGCACGAUUCCAGCGGUGAUCUAUAUGGAGCGAUUCGGCCGGCGUUACUGGGCCAACGUGAUGCUGCCGGGCUUCUUCAUUGGUCUCGUGCUUGUCGGCGUGGGCUAUCAAUUCAACUACAACACUCACCCGGCUGCCGCCGAGGGUAUCUACCUCACCGGCAUUAUCUUGUACAUGGGCUUCUUCGGCUCGUACGCCUGUCUUACCUGGGUCAUUCCCUCCGAGGUCUUCCCCACCUACCUCCGUCACUACGGAAUGACCGUGGCGGAUGCCAAUCUCUUCUUGUGCUCGUUCAUUGUCACUUACAACUUCACGCGCAUGAUGGAAGCGAUGACCCGGACAGGUCUCACCCUCGGCUUCUACGGAGGCAUUGCCUUCAUUGGCUGGAUCUAUCAGAUCGUCUUCAUGCCUGAGACCAAGAACAAGUCCCUCGAGGAAAUCGACGAGCUCUUCUCGCGGCCCACUUCGGAGAUUGUGAAGGAAAAUCUCGCUCAGACCAAGGAGGUUGUCGGCGAUCUCCUGAGUGGGCGGUGGAAGAAGGCGUUCUCGCCUACGCCCAAGUCAGAGUAAACGGAUGAGUUGGUUGUGGUAGUACAGUCUUGAGGCUAUACUUGUGUUCAACCCGCUCGAUGAAUUUCGUCACGAUGUUACAAAGCGUGCCUUUGCAUGCGUU